UGCUCGGACGGGGGCGAGAUCUGGACACCGCCGAAGCCAUUGGGUGCCAGGUAUCUGUAGUCAACGGUGAUAAAGUUAACAAAUGGCUAUUUUAUGGGUAUUUUGCCUUUUCCUGGGCGUGGCUGUCGCCCAGUGGGACGCCCACACCAUGGACAACAGGCAGGCUAUCGUGCACCUGUUCGAGUGGAAAUGGAAGGAUAUCGCCAACGAGUGUGAAAAUUGGCUAGGGCCUCAUGGCUUUGCGGGUGUCCAGGUUUCCCCGCCCAGCGAGAACUUCAAAGUUACGCCCGAACGCCCUUGGUAUGAGCGGUACCAGCCCAUCGGCUACGGACUGGACACGCGUAGCGGCAACGAAAACGAGUUCAAGGACAUGGUGAACCGAUGCUUCAAGGUCGGCGUCCGCAUCUAUGUGGAUGCUGUCAUCAAUCACAUGGCAGCCAACACUCCCGAUGGCAGUGGACCGUAUGACUUCUGGAGAGUGCCUUUCUCGGAGUAUGAUUUCAACUACCCACAAGGUAAAUGCCCAACUCCUAGCGGCAUCGACUACAGCAACGUGGAUUCCAUCCGCAACUGCGACCUGGUUGGCCUGAAGGACCUGGAUCUUGGCAAAGACUACGUCCGGGGUAAGAUCGCUGAGUACCUGAACAGGUUGAUCGACAUGGGAGUGGCCGGCUUCCGCUUGGACGCCGCCAAACACAUGUGGCCGGGUGACCUCAAGGCCAUCUACAACCGGCUGAAGAACCUCAACACCAACUUUGGCUUCCCGAGCAACGCCCGUCCCUUCAUCGUCCAGGAGGUGAUCGACCAGGGUGGGGAGGCCGUGUCUUCAUGGGAGUAUUUGGACAUUGGAAGGGUGACGGAGUUCAAGUAUGGCAUCAAGCUCGCCGAGGGCUUUCAUCGGCAGAAUCCACUCAAGUACUUCAAAAAUUUCGGCGAAGCCUGGGGUUUCGUUCCGGACUACAACUCCAUGGUGUUUGUCGACAACCACGACAACCAGAGGGGUCACGGAGGUGGAGGCGGCAUCAUCACCCACAAGGAUUCCAGGCUGUACAAGAUGGCAAACGCCUUCAUGCUGGCUCACCCUUACGGACUGUCUCGCGUCAUGAGUAGCUUCGGUUUCAGUGACCCGAACAGCAGUCCGCCUCGCGACUCAGCUGGUAACAUCAUAUCGCCCAUCUUCUACGCCGACAACACCUGUGGCAACGGCUGGAUCUGCGAGCAUCGCUGGAGGCAAAUCAAGAACAUGGUGGACUUCCGACGGGUGACGGUUGGCCAGGCCUUCGCCAACUGGUGGGACAACGGUUGGUACCAGAUUGCCUUCGGUCGCGGCAACAAAGGCUUCAUCGUGAUCAACAACGAGGACUACUCCCUGAGCCAGACCCUGCAGACGGGCCUUCCCUCCGGUACCUACUGCAACAUCAUCUUGGGAGACUUCAACAACGGCAAAUGCACCGGACCCACGGUCUACGUUGACAACAACGGGUAUGCCAAGUUUGACAUCGCGGGCUCGGGUAACGACGAUCCCGUAGUUGCGAUCCACGUCAGUGCGAAGCAAUAAAUAUUAUCACUAAGUUCUUGUGCCUGACAUCCACCAACAUUACAAUUAACGAAUACUGACAAUUACAUCAAAGGACAAUGUCUCAAGUUCUACAAAUUACAUGGCAAUAUUAUUAUUCACAGUUUCAUAAUUACAUCGAUCUAUGUUCUGUGCAACACUUGACCUAGAAGCCAUGUGGGCAUCAUCAAUACCAUUCCUGUCGUGCUUUCUGGACAAUUGCUGCUCUUUAUUUGACCUUGUAAAACACCUGUUGUCAUCUUUGUGGUCCUUCUUUUAAUGCCACAAAAGUGGGUACAUGACUGAUUGUCUGAAGAAGCAGACCUUCCCAAAUGCGAGGAAAAGGUCUACCUUUCGUGGUUGAUGGACCAAAAUGAUUGAAAGCAAUUGAAGUUGAGUUUUGAGGUGUCAAAUAAAUAAAAAGA